AUGAACUUUGUGAAUGUUGAAAUUUCCGAGGCAGGCCUUAAAGUAUCUUAUUCAGAUGGCGAUCCAAAGCACCACCCAAGUAUCGAAAUAGUAGUUGACUCAAGUGGUACUAAAUCUCAUUAUAGAUUGGUUGGAAGAAAAGAACAAAAGUUUGACGUUUAUUCAACGAAACUCGGUGAUGCACUUGGCAAAGCAUUGGAAAAAAGUGGGUUACUCGUGCCUAAAGCUCUUUUAUUGGAAUUGCCAAAAGGGUAUGAAUUAUUUGAAAAUAAUAAAGAAUAUGUAAAUAAACCCACAAGAAAAGAUACAUAUUUGUUUGGAAAUGGUUCAAAGUAUCGAUCACCUGCUGAGUUUGAGGAACAUCUUUUAUGGUUAGCUUCUGAUAAAGAAAUGCCUUGUUCAUGUAAAUAUUGUCCAAAAGAUAGUUAUCGAAACAAUGCACAAUCUCGAAGAAGUGUUGAUACAAGGUCACCAUCAAAGUUUAAUCAGACUAUUCAAAAACAAAAUACUUCUUCAAUUAAAAGAUUGACAGCAGCACAAAAAGGAAAAUCUAAGGCAACAUCUGUAAAUGCUAAAGAUGAAAAUUUAUCAUUAAGAAUAGAUAACAAAUCAAGACGUGAAGAUAUUAUAUGGGCAGAUAUAAAAUAUGUUCUUCACUCAAGUCAGCGUGAUUCAUUGUUUAGUGAAGAGGGAGGUGAUUUGAUUAAAUAUUGGCCUGCAAUUAUUCGCGAAAAAUCAAAGGCGAUGCAUAAUUUUAUAGAUCCUAUUGGAAAUAAUUCUAAUAAUUCUUCAGUAUUCUAUACAUUACAACCAUUAAUGUUGGCUGGGACAAAAAGAUUACAGCAAAAUGCAAUCAUUCCAUGGUUAGCUUAUAGUACAAAGAAUGUAACUCGAGCAAUUGAAAGUAAAUUAAGAAAAGAAGAUAAUGAACAUCUACUUAAAACGAAUGAAAUAAGAUUAUUACAACAAAUGGAAUCAUAUCCACAUUAUAAAGCCAUUUUCCUAGGUACUGAGCUCUUGAAAGAAGACGAUUACAUUCGUUUAACACGUCCUUCUCGCGAUUCAUCUACUGAAAGAUUGCCUAUAUUUAAAAUUAAUACAAUAUUUUUGAAUUCACAAAAGAAAAUUCAAAUGAGUGGUGAUUUGUUCCCAAGAUCGCCGCCAUCAUCAAAAAAUGACGGAGAAUGUUUUAUGUUGAAAAAAUUAAAUAAAGAUAAGUUUGAAUAUACAAUUGAUCUGUCUGAAAUUGCAGGACGUUAUUAUAAAUUACAUCCAAAUAUCAAUCAGAAUAUGUCAUGUACCAUUCCAGUUUCGUACAUUGACAGAAUGUCUAUAAUUAGUGAGACUACAAAAUUGUACAUACAUGAAGCAACCAAUACAAAUAUUCAAAAUAUUCAAAAUAUUCAAACCCCACGAAAACAAAUGGCUAAAAGAUCAAGGCCAUUACCUCCUUUACGGACCAAAAAACAUAAGAUAGAUCAUCUCACAAAAGAAACAUCAAUUGAUAUUAGUACUAGCCAAUCAAGCCAAUCAAGUAAAUCUACUAACAUCAAAAAAGUCGAUAUGACUAGAGCUAAAAUAGUUUCACCUAGAAUUCCAUUUUUGGAUGAAAGUGAUGAUAAUUCAGAUUAA